AUGGCAAGGCCAAUGGUGUGGUGUGAACUGGGCUCUGGCAUUACUGCCAGUUUCUGGCAUGAUAAUUGGACUCCCCAUGGUCCUCUGAUUGAGCUGAUUGGAGAUCGAGGUCCACAAGUAACUGGCUUACCUAUUGAUGCAGCAGUAGCGGAUGCUUUGACUGAUGAUGGGUGGUGGCUAGACAGAAGUAGAAGUAGAAGCCCCACCAUUACCUUGUUGAAGGCUUGUUUUCCCAAUCCACAAGAGAUUAUUGAUUCAGAAGAAGAUGAUACUUUCCUCUGGUAUCCGGAGCCUGGCCGUGGUAGUGGGAACUUCUCUACUAGCGCUACUUGGAGAGCUCUUCAUCACACUCCUUUAGAGGUGUUCUGGCAUAAGGUGGUGUGGUUCGCAGGUAGAGUACCUAAACAUGCCUUUAUUACAUGGAUUGCAGCUAGAGACAGAAUGGGGUUCGAGGCAAUUCUGAGAUGGCUUAAUGCUCCCUCUAGAGAUUCUAGUGUUACGUUGAUCGUGAGACUUAUAUUCCAAGCCGUCUUAUACUUGGUCUGGAAAGAGAGAAAUAGUAGAGUUCAUGGAGGUGUGGAGAAACCUCAUAGUGCUAUUGUAGCUGAAGUUCAGCAGAUCAUCAGGUUCAGACUAGAUCCAUUGGCUCGUCGACAGGUACUAGCGUCAGGGCAGUCAUCAGUGCUUGCAGUUUGGUUCUCCUUCUUCGAUAGGUGA